AUGUCCCCUUCCCAGCAGGGAGGAUGGGGGGACUCGGUGACACGGGGGGAUGGUGACGGGGGGGGGGGGGGGGGUUGUACUGUCUGGGGUUGGUGUUGUGUGUGUGUGUGGUGUGUCCCCCCCCCGACUGACGCCACGUGCUCCCCCAGGGACCCCGACAGCGUGGUGCUGUGCGUCUUGGCCACCGACGAGGAGGACGAGGGGGACAUCGCCCUCCAGAUCCACUUCACCCUCAUCCAGGCUUUUUGCUGCGACAACGACAUCCACAUCCUGCGCGUCUCGGGGAUGCAGCGUUUGGCCACCAUCCUGGGCGAGCCCGAGCCCCCCGCCGAGCCCCGCGACCUCCACUGCCUCUUAGUCACGAACCCCCACAAAGACGCCUGGAAGAGCCAAGGGCUGGCAGAGGUGGCCAGUUACUGCGCCGAGAGCCGGGACAGGAACCAGUGGGUGCCCUACGUCUGCCUGCAGGAACGCUGAGCCCCCCCCAAAAACCCAUCCCGGCUCUGCAACCUGAAGGAGGAGGAGGAGGAAGAAGAGGAGGAAAAUAAAUCAAAAACGGCAGGGACAAAGAAGAGAAAACGGCCAGUUGGGAGGAAAAAAACCAAAAAACCCGAACCUAAACCUACAAACACAAACCACCCACCGAUUUUAUGAUAUUAUUAUAUUUUUUUUUGGAUUUUUAACCGGAGAGGAGCCGCCCGGGCGCAGCGGUGGGCACGGGGAGGAGCCUGGCCGUGGCCGUGCCGGGGACGGUAGCCCGGUGGGAUGGUGACCGGAGCGUGCCGGAGCUGUGCCGAGGAGCCCUGCUUGGUCACGGGGGGGGGAACCGUGCCGAGGAGCCCCCCCCAGGACGGGGAACCGCGGGGAAGGACGACGGAGGCUGCUUUGGUUGGAAUUUUUUUUUUGUGGCAUCCGCCACCGGAUGGAGGCGAAGGAUGGAGGAGGGACUGAGUUCUGCAAACAAACUGCUUUAUUAUUAUUAUUUUUAGGUUUUUUUAUUUCUUUUGCCAAGGGAUAAUUUAUCGCCUGCGUGAGGGACCUGCAGCACCAGCGGCGGGGGGGGUUUUUUUCCUUUUUUCUUUGCCCUCGAAGCCGCUUGGAGACCCCCCCCCCCCCCACCUUGGAAUUUAUUCCAGAGUUUAUUCUUCUACUGAUUGAACUGAAAGAGAAUUAUUUGCAAUAAAAAUGUCUGCAGUCA